AUGAAUCAAGACAAUUCUCAAGCUGAUUUGUUCAUUACAACUAGAGGUUCUUUCAAAUGGUUAGGUAGCUUUGAGGAACUUAAAAAGUUUUGUGAUAAAAUCUUGAAGAUCGACUCAAGAUGGCUUGUGCCCAGAGGUGGAUGUAAAUCAUUUGAAAACGAAGAUAUGACGAUCAGAUGGUACUCAACAAAUAAUUCACUGAUAAUUAAAGGUCAAGAUGGUGAAUCGCUUCGAAAUGAGCUUAAAUUGAUCGCAAAUCCAAUGGACGAAAGUGUUGGGGACUCACAAGAUGACGAGUUGAUUUCUGUCAAAGGCGACGGCGACAGUAUAGCUUCAACUCAAAUUCAUGGGAAGGUAGACGAAGUUGUUCAAUCGGACGAAAGCCCUCAGGUAACAGCCAAGGACUCUUCUGACUACAUUUACUUUCAAAAUCAG